GAUUUCUCUCCUCGAUUGCCAUCGGCAAUUUUUUUAGAAAAAUAAUAUGAAGCGCCUGAUUCAAUCAAUAAUUUUUCCGGAAUCCGGGCCUCGAUAACAAAAUCCUUCUGCCUCCUUCUCAAAGAGGAUAAAUCAACAGUGAUAGUGACGAAGAAUAAGUCAACUGGAACGCGAAUCACUUACCGUUCCUUCUCAUAUUGAAGGAUCCAGAUGAAGCGACAAUACGCACCGUCCUCCAUCCCUCAUCCUGCCUUCUCAACAGCCGCUGUGCUUCCUCUGCUUGUUGAAUUCCGGGGGGCCCUUUGCCAGCCUCUCUUUUUUUUUAUGCCAAGAAUGAGGCCUUCAAUUGUAGCAACGGGGAUUUGUUCAAAUGGAAGCAUUUGUGGCCGUUGCUGGCGAGGGAGUUCGGGGUGGAGUGGGUCGGGUACGAGGGAGAGGAGCAGCGGUUCAAGCUGGUGGAUGCGAUGAAGGAGAAGGAAGGGCUGUGGGAGGAGAUCGUGGCGGAGCAUGAGCUUGCGCCCACCAGACUGGAGGAGGUGGGGAACUGGUGGUUUGUUGAUGCUGUGUUCGGCGUGGAGGAGGUGCAUCUGGACAGCAUGAACAAGAGCAAGGAGCAUGGGUUCUUGGGGUUCCGAAACACGCUAUUGAAGUACAAAUCUAGUUUAACCGGACCCAUUGCAAUAAAGUUUGAGGGACUCUAUGACAGUAAUAAUCUUCUCAGGACCUAUGAUGAUAGGCAUGCACCAUCUUCUGCCUUGCAUCACCGACUUGUGAGCUGCAAGUUUCACUGUAGCUAUCUCUUCGAUGAACGGACCUGCAAGUAGUUACUCUUGGAUUGUAAUUUUACUAGGGGAAGAUU